AUGCAGAAGUUCCAGAGAAGUUUGGGCUGUUUAUUCCUUCUCUAUGGUAUCUGCUUGACUGAGUGUCGGGUGCUGAAGUUUGUCGUAGCUGUGUUCCGACACGGUGAUCGAUCGCCUAUAGAGUCGUAUCCCAGGGACCUUCAUGGGGAGGAGGUUUGGGCUCAGGGCUUUGGACAGUUGACUGAGCUGGGCAUGAAACAACAGUUUGAGCUGGGCAGGUUUCUGAGGAGGCGCUAUGGAAACUUUCUCAAAGAAGACUACGACAACAAAGAGUUAUAUGUGCAGAGUACUGACUACGACCGCACUCUGAUGAGCGCCCAGGCCUGCCUUGCUGGGAUGUUCCCCCCAGCCAGACACCCGCCUCCCAUCGUGCCCCAGUUACUGUGGCGGCCUAUUCCAGUGCACACCAUCCCCAGAGCCCAGGACAAGCUGUUGAAGUCUCCAGGCAAAGACUGUCCAAGGUUCAGAGCGCUGAUGACGGAGACCUUUGAAAGUGAGCCUUACCAGAGGUUUCUAAGAGCUCACCAGCACUUUGUUGAGGGACUCUCCAACCACACUGGCUACCCUGUGUCCAAACUGGUUGGCAAAAAAACAUGGAGGGUCUAUGACACUCUCACCUGUCAGAGAAUCCAUAACUUGACUCUCCCACGCUGGGCCUCCCAAGACGUCCUGGACACCCUGAAGAGAAUAGUAUCCUUUGAGGUCACGUACAGCAUCCUCAGUCACAAGCGAAAAGAGAAGGCCAGGCUCUCAGGAGGGGUCCUAUUGAAUGCCAUCCUGAGGAAUUUCUCCAAGGCUGUAGAGCAAGGGAGCACUCUUAAGUUCAUUGUGUACUCAGCUCAUGACUCGACGCUCAUCACCCUCCAGGCGGCUCUGGACGUGUACAACGGCCUCCUUCCUCCUUAUGCUGCCUGUCAGCUCUUUGAGUUCUACGAGGAGUAUGAUGGAUCCUAUUCUCUGGAGCUGUAUUUCCGCAAUGACUCCUGGCGCGAACCCUACCCCAACUCUGUGCCAGGAUGCAACGGACUGAACCCCUGCCCCUUGUCAUUGUUCAGUGAGCUCGUGCGGGACGUGGUGGCAGAGGACUGGGAGGCUGAGUGCGGGUUUAAGACAAAAUUUUCAAGCUCAGGUGUCAUUACAGCUCUUGCAGUGGCUGUGGGUCUCCUGGCAGUGGCGCUGUUGUUCAGCAUAGGAGUGGCUAUCCACAGGAGGAGAUCACACUACUCCAGGGAGGUGUAA